CUUUCAUGGCGCGGUCGAGAUGUUUGUUUUCGUUACCAUCAUACUUGUCUUUGUGGCUUACACUAUUUCUAUUAAGUUUGUGUAUUACAGAUAUCGUCAGUUAUGGCCACACUUACGGAAUAAAAUAUCCACCCCUUCAUACACCGUUGGAAACGCGAGUUUUUGUCCAACACAAGUGAGGUCCAGCGAGACUCGAGCUCUGUUAGUCACUGCACAUCCAGAUGAUGAAUGCAUGUUCUUUGCACCUACAGUCUUAAAACUUGUUGAAUCACACGCAGCUCUUUAUUUGUUAUGUUUGUCGACAGGCGAUUACAACAAUCAAGGACUCCAGCGCAAAAGGGAACUGCUGGACAGCUGUGCAGUUCUAGGAAUCCCAUCCAACCAUGUUACCAUCAUAGAUGACAAAGAGCUUCCAGAUGACCCAGCGGUCCAGUGGAGCACUGCACUGAUCUCCUCUCUGAUCCUCAAACACAUCCGAAACUACAGCAUAAGUGUGGUACUGACAUUUGAUGGCAGAGGUGUGAGUGGACAUGCCAAUCAUAUUGCCAUUUACAAGACCCUCAGGCAUCUAGCUUCUGCUGGACGACUACCUCAAGGUUGUCAGAUCUUCUCUCUUCACUCCAUCAGCUUACUCAGAAAGUACUUGUCAGUCCUAGAGCUGCCGGUCAGCUGGCUCGUCCCCUCUGAUUUCUGCUGCCUUAUCGGACGGGAGGAGUAUAAACGUGCCAAGAGAGCCAUGCUCUGUCAUCGUUCUCAGCUGCUGUGGUUCCGCCGGCUCUAUAUACUUUUCUCACGCUACAUGAUUGUAAACACAUUCCAGGCCAUCACCGUGGAAACAAAGAAUGUGAAGAUUUAUUAGAUUAGUCUUGGGCACUGUUCCUGUCCAUAUAGGGCUAAAGUUAUGCACUGAAAUUAAGUAAAGUUUACUUCAUGUUUCUUAUUUCCUUAUGUAAGUUAAUUCCAGAUAUGCUGUCAUUAAAGUACUGUACAGUAUAUCAAUAAGGUUCAGCCAACAUAUCCAACCUCAAGACACUAAUGGAGAACUGCUAGCAUAAUGAACCUUACAGACUUUAUCCCAAACAAUCCAAUAUUCUGAAAUCCUGAUUUUUGGGGAGGUUUAAGGGAGUUAAGCGCUUUAAUGAAGUAGAUGAAUCCAAAACACAGAUUGUGUCUUUGAGUAUGCAGGGGAUGGAGGACAAAAUUUGAUUCUGUAUAUUGUUUACAUUUGCUGUUACUGUUGUUAUUGGGACUAAUUAAAGUAGAGUUGAAGCACUGUUCCAGAUGGAUCAAUAAGUACUGUACCAAAUCUUAUGGUUCAGUAUGGUUUCAAAACUGACAUGUAUUUCCGAUUUCUUUGAGCAAAACUGUAACUCUAGAAGUUCUGUGAUGACUUUAAAUAUAUGCCAAUGUAGAGGAAUGCAAUAAAUAUGUUUAAAAU